GAUUGUGUCAUUACGUCUUGAAGAGUCACCUGAGCUGUGUGAAUUCUCCUAACCAAACAUAUGAAGUUCUCUAUCCUCCCUCGUAAACGAGAACUUGGAGAAGAUUGGCACCCAGAACCGAAGCCAAAGCAAUAGGCUCAUUUCUUCAAUAUGAACUAUCCGCGCAAAUUACCAGAGGCCGUAGAUGCACUGAUAGGGUUUCGUGUAGAAUGCCACGACAAAAAUUGUGGCUUUGCUAGCCAACACUCCAUAGACUUCAGCAGCAUUCGACCUCGUUGUUACAUAUCUGACGACGACUUCUGGCAGGCCGCCGAGGACCAUCUAUCUUGGAAGCAUAUUAGAACACCGUUCGUCUCGUUCUUCAGAUCAUGGGAGAGGGCUCUGAAUUGGAGGAAACGCCUCAUCGAAAGAGGGGGCAGGGGAAUCAUCAUUAUUGCGGUUUGGUUGAAAGACUUGUCUGAAGUCUACGAUGCAUACAAUAUCGCACAACGACUUUUAGGCCGUAAAGACCUAAACUCAAGCAGUCGUCUGCGACGGAACCUUGAUUGUUUUCGCGGAGAACUGCUCGUUCAAGGUGGCAUCGACUACAUGGAACACAGAAUCCUGGCCUGCUUCGAGGGCGACAGCCUCGAGAUCGAAAGACGAUCCAUAUCGCCACUGAUCAAAUUUCCUGAGCGGAGUCUUGUUGUAUCUAUUCCCAGAGGAACUCUGCCGACAUACGGCAAUUCUAAUCUGAGCAUCACCCAGCAAUUGGAGUACGAAAUGUUGAGCCUCACGGGGGUUCGAAACGAUGCCAAGCUGUGCGUACUGGUACUCGCAAUGUGCGAGUGCGAAAUGGAAAUGAAGGAGGAAAACAAGAAGAUGACGAUAAAGACCACCGAGUACUGCGUAAACUACUUGUCGAAAUUUGUAUUUAGCAGUUGUAACUACUAUUUCGACGUUUAUUGUCAGUCAUGUUGGUGGCACUCGUAUCUGGACGCAAUGCAGCAUGGUAUCUCGAAAGCCAUUAGAUAGUCAAGCUGAGAGGGUUGAGUAAUUGUGAAUGUAACCGGCUCGCUUAGAGAAAGAUCAUACCACCUGUUGCGAGGCAAAUGAAUACAGCCG